AGGGGAGGAGGAGAGAGGGAGAGGAGGAGGGGAGGGCGGGGCGGAGCUGUGGUGAGUGACGGCGGCAGAGGUGACAUCAACAGCUCGGCCAGAGAAGAGGAACAUGACGGGGCCUCGGCCUCGGCCCCGCUGCCCCGCGCCCUGAGAGCCCGAGCGGCCGGAACCGCCAUCCCGAGUUGUGACUUGACUGACAAAGGAGAAACACCAUGGAGCCGGAAGUCAUUAGGAUUUACUCCUCUUCACCACCCCCACUAGAUGAUGGAAAUGGAUUUGAGGAAGAUGAUGAAUUUGGUGAAUUUGGUGGCUUUUCGGGUACCUCCAGCCUUGGUUUUACUGACGACUUUGAUUCAAAACAUCACCCUGAGAAUUCUAUGCCUCAAAACCAUUUUGUGCCUGGUCAUGAAUACUCCACGGAUGCGGAUGGGUUUGCUGACUUGCCUACAGUGUCUAUCGGCACUAGCAAAGAUGUAACGCAACACAAAUUAUCAAAGAGUGUGUUUGAUGCACCGAAAGAAGAAACAAAGGAAUCUAUAAAAGAGCCUGGACUUGACAGCCUGACUAAGGACAAUGUUAGUAGAAAAAACAUGGAACCAGAGAAACCAGAGGAGUGCUGCAACGGUAGCAAGACCCACACUGAGAUUUUAACAAAUGGCUACCCAACAUUAGAUUCUAUAAAUCCUCAGGAAACAAAAGAUAUUGACAGCAUCAGUGGCUUAAAGGAACAACGAGCUAGAAGUGUUCAUAGCACUGAACUCUCGGACUCCACACCUAGCCCAACUGAGGACUUUGCUGAGUUUUCUGCAUUUUCCAAAACUGAAGAGUCUGUUCAUCUGUCUGAAGAAAAUCCUAGCAAAUUUCCACUUCAUGUUAAAACGUCACAGAGAACAGAGCAUCAUAUUGGUAAGUGUUCACAUUUUGGAAAGUUCACAGAUAUGCAGUUCAGUCCAAGUGUUGUGAUGGAUAGUGAUGAAGUGAAUGUUGUACAACAGACAACAGAAGGUACAUUUGCUGCUUUAAAUUGUAAAAAUGGGAAAAGUGCAAGUACAGAUGUAAACCACACCAAGUGCCACUCCUCUGGAUUUACUGCUGCAGUUGAUACAGACAUUUCUAACGGUAAGUGGAAUUCCUCAGAAUCAACAGGAUACAUUGAAACUGGGCAACAAAGUUCUCAACAGUCAGUUCAUGAAGCUUUGGACACAGUAAAAGAAAACCACACCACAGGUUCUAUUGAGACAGACCCAAACCCACAUGAAUUGGAAAGUAAGAGACCAGAUGCACCUGAGCCAGUUUUGGAAACAUGUACCAGUGACCAGGAAAUGUUUGGUGAUUUUGCAGAGAGUCUUGUAUCUAGCGAGUCUGGAGUUAAACAAGAACAUACAAGCUUUCAAGAAAAUGCAUCUGCUGAUACAGGGAGGACAGAGUUUGUUAAUUUGGAAAGCAACUGUUUAGCACAUGGUGAUGUUAUGACUUCUUUUGGGCCAGUGUCCUCUUCUGAUGCUGUAGAGGAUGGUCUUGGCACAUUCGAUGUGCAUCCUGUGGAGCUUGAUGACAACAAUACUUCCAAAUUGUCUGUAGAACCAUUAGCUAAGGUUCAGGAAAUGGAUGUCAAAGACGAGUUUGGUGACUUUAGUGGUAUGAACAGUAAUGAUGCACAAGCGUUUGAGAACUCAACCGAAUCUCGAGCAGUGAAUGAAGUUACACUAGAAGGGAGUGAGCCUGAUGCUUCUCGUGAAAAUGAAAACCAGUUUGAUGAUCGUGAAACAGUCACCACAACUGUAAAGACUGAUGAUGAUGAUGACGACUUUGGAGAUUUUGGUUCUAUCCAGGAACCUAAAGUUGGGACUGAAUUUGCAUCAUUCAAAAGUGAUGCAACAUUUUCAGACUUCAGCUCAUCAGCUGGUGAACCAGGUACAGAAUGGAAUGCUUUUGGCGAGACAGUGGGUGAAAGUACAUCGUGGGCGGCUUUUGGUGAAGAUCAAGUUGCUGAUGCAUAUAAUAAUGGGGCCAGUGAGAUCAGCAGGACAGAACCUGCCCUUUCUGGUGGCACACAGUUGACUGGCGGGUGGACAAAUACUACACCAGCUGAAUCUAGUGAAGGAUCAGCCAGUAUUAAGGAUACGAGUCCCUUUGAAGAAACUGCACCAAUGUCACAAGCAUCUCUGCUAAACCGUCUAGAGCGAGUUUUCCAAGCAUGCUUUCCUCCAGUGGCUGUACUUGAGGCAGAAGAAGAAAUCUCCUCGCUGAGGCAGCUAUUGGAGCCUGCUAAUGGAAAGAUGAAGGGAGAGCAGGCCACGGGAGCUAAUGGGGAGCUGCUGACUGUGUGGACCGAGCUACAAGAUGUCAACGAUGCCCAUGGCCUGAAGUACCAGUGGGGUGGUUCCCACAGCAACAAAAAGCUUCUCUGUUCCCUGGGAAUUGAUACGAGAAAUAUAUUGUUUACAGGGCAGAAGAAGCAGCCCGUCAUAGUUCCUGCAUACGCAUCUGGUCUGGGUAUGUUGGAACCCACCAAAGAACCCCUAAAACCAAUAUCUGCAGCAGAAAAGAUCGCUUCAAUAGGUCAAACUCCGACUGCGAGUGCCUCAUCCUCAGAGAUGAGUACUUGCACAUCUGAUCAAACCCAGGAACACGUCCCGCCUGUCCAGUUUGACUGGAGUAGCAGUGGCCUUACUAAUCCUCUUGAUGCUAACGGAGGUUCCACUGUUCUGAACCUUGAUUUCUUUGGGCCCAUGGACGACACUAGCUCUAGCAACAGUGCCACUAUCCCAGGUGUUGACCCAGAACUGUAUGAGUUGACGACAUCUAAGCUGGAAAGCUCCAGCACAGUCAAUCGAAUGACUGAUGCAUUUGCUCGCCUCAUGUCAACGGCAGAGAAAACGAGCACGUCCACUCGGAAGCCGAAAAAGGAUGAAGUCCUCAGUACGGAGGCCGCGAAGGUGAUAGCCAACCUUCCCGACCUGUUGUUCAUGCACGCCAAGGUGUUGAUGUUUCCAGCCACAUUAACACCUUUGGUAAGAUCGCAAGAAAAGGCAGACUGAUGGAUGCAUCACUGCUUAAUUUUAUGAAUAUUUAAAAUAAAUUUUCUUUUUGGCUUUCUCAAAAUAAAACGGUAUAAAAACUAAUCACACACUGAGAUGAUUUGUUGGUGGUGAGCAGAUCUGAAGAGAUCUAGUACAGAUAAUAAAAUAGUGUUGUAUAUUUAUUUAUACUAAAGCCAUUGAAGUAUGUUUAUAUUAGGAAAAAACAAAUCUGUAAAUAUGGGGUGAAAUUUUUUGCAGAUUGAUUGUCUUUCCCUUUCUCUUGCUGUGCUGGGGUGUAUAAAUUUCUUUGUAGGCUAUUCUGGCAGUGAUCUCCAUAGAAGAUUUGAAAACCGGACUAAUCCUAUUCAGAUCCACACUGACUGUAAAAUUCUAGUGAAUAUUUUCAGAUUUUGUUUCAUGUUAAUUUUGUUCUGAUACAAAUAAGAAUUUUUUUGUUGUUGGGCGUUUUUGAAAAUUCACUUUAAAAAAAAAAAAAAAAAAAUACUCAUCAGCUUCAGGCUUUCCUGGUUCUGUUUUUUUGUUUGUCACUUUUCAACAGAACGAUAUGAAACUGCUCAAAACAGGAUUAAGGCAAAUACCAUUAAGGCCAUCAGCGAGUUGAAAAGUUUAUUUAGGAAGCCACUAUCAAAUAACUGUGCAUAUAUCAAUUGAGCACGUUUGUGAAUAAAGAUGCUGUAUUUCAUUGAGCCUGGGGAAUGAGGGACCAAUAGUUAGAUGUCUUAUACAGACCCUUAGGGUGAAACUGAUAUUUCACUGAUUAUUUCUGCUUUGUUUUACCACUAUACCUACGUGUUUAUUGAGGAUUUUGCACAGUGUAAAGAUAAGGUGGACAUAAUCAUAGAUUGCUCUGGUUCAGACUGUGUACAAUAACUAUGGAUUGUAAAUGUUGGUGAAAUUCCUAUGGAAAUACUCUGAUACAUGGAAGAACCUGAAAAGGUUGAUGUGCAUGCCCAGGUUCUUUUGCGAUUGUAGUAUGUAAAUUUACUUUUAGCAUACAGAAAUAAUAAAAAAAAGAAAGGAC